CGUUGCGAGGCUCAAGUUUUCCACCCCUUUUCUGCAGCGUGUUAGGUGCCGGUGGUGACUGCCAGCCACCUGAUGGCACAAGGGCCCACCGGGAAUGAGAUGCAGAUUGCCAGAGGCCACUUCAGCCACGCUGGGGGGAGUGAAUUUUUAAUAAUACCGCACCCUGUGCCCGCGGCUCCCGGAUGUAGAAUUCCAUUGUUUUGGCCGCGCGAGCGUGUCAGAAAAAAGAUGAAGAAAUAGUAUGCACGCGAUGCGUUACAGGACAUCUACUCGGUAUUAUUAUAACGCGCUAACGUGCUAAGGGAGGUGGGAGCUAAGGGAUUGUCAGCGACAGAAUAUCCCGUUGUCUUCGCGGCAGGAAUGUCGCUGCAAAACAUUCUAAGCCCGCGGCUGUACAUUUGAGAAUACGAAUCUCUCAUAUGAGUGUUAAUUUUCUCCUGCUUCAAAAUUCCACAAUACAUUUCUAAAAUUCAGUAAAGUAUAUUAGAAAAUUGAUGUAUGUCAUUUAAUUAAUUAAAUUAUGAGAUUAUCUUUUAAACGUACAGGUUGACGGCGGCCAACAUUAUCCCACAAAUGAAUCUGUGAUGAUCAAAGAUGAGAAAAAUAGCAUGGCUCUAAAUAGAUUUCUGAAAGAUGUUCUAAAUGCGCAGAACGAGUUGAAGUGGAUAGAUCACGCCACGCGUCGUGUUAAUCAUAGAACUGGCCUGGAUGAUUCAUUGAUGCAUACCAAUCAGUUAUCUCUUACGAAGGAUGUCCUGGAACGGACUGAUAUCGAUUAUGGAAGUAGGUUACGCGGCAAGAGAGGCUUCGAUCGAAAUUACGAAACGAUGUGGAUGCUGCAGAAGAAGAAAUAUGGACAGAAGAACACUCGCGAUGUCCCUCAAAGAGUCUAUCUAGAUAACGAUAUGACAUUCAAGAGAGAUACUGAUAACGCUGACUUCGAUGCUCUUUAUCAAUCUCAUGACACGUUAGAUAGAACUAUCUACGAAGGAGGAGUGAUGGCCGAUCAGCUACUGAAAGAUUGGACUGGAAAGAAGGCUCUUGAUUCCUCGAAAGACUGGUCGAAUUCUAAUAAGAAUCUCAAAGUGACUAACAGCGAAGGUACAUGGCUUCGUGAUUAUAAACCUGCUGAAAUUCUCAUUAAUUCUGAUAUUAUUGAAAUAAUUAAAACGUUAGAAAUUUUCGCCCGAUUUAAAUUAGCACAAAACAUGAUUUCUCAGACUCGAGCAACGAAAUGUUACAUGACGAUAUUGAUAGGCAGGAUCAAUCACAAGUUGUAUCAUUGCAUGAUCCAAUAUAUGCAAAUGAUUUCGCCGCUUUGA